UUCUUCUUCAUCUUCUCUUAAUAGAGAUUGGAUUAGGAAAAAGUUUUCUGGUACUCCCGGACUGUCAACUCUCCCUUUGUUUGAUUUGAAGUAUAAGAUCUUGAAAGGAGUUUUUAUUUGCAUAUAUCGUAUUAUCGCAUGAAUCAUCUAUCUAUCAUGAUGAUGAAUCAUGAGUUUGGGGAAUCAUCAUCAUCAUCUGAAUCUUCUGUUAAUGUAUAUGGUCUGACACAAGACUUGGUGAUGGAAAUUCUGUUGAGGUUGCCGGUGACAGAUCUGAUACGAAUGAAGAGGGUGUGCAAGUCAUUGUAUUCCUUGAUCAGCAGCUCCGACUUCAUCGCCAGACACUCCCUCUUCGACGGUGAUAGGGGUCCUUAUAUGUGCAUGUCUAUCCCAUAUGAAGGAACUAGGGUAGUUACUUACGAUGAUGAUGACGAUACAAGCACAACAGGACUCAGAAAAAAGGAGUUAUCCACAUCCGACCCACACCCAUGCACCCUCAACCUCAAGCUGACCGCCUUUACUGCUACUGUUGUUGUGACGGUGUCCUCUUUAUUAACUAUUGGAGUAAUAGUCCGGCCUAUGGUUUGCCCUAUAAUUUGGCCUUGUGGAACCCUGCAACUGGAGAUGUCAAGGAUGUCCCAAUUUAUGAACAUCUUGUUUAUAGUGAUGAUAGUGAUGAUGGGGAGGAAAAUUCUUUAUCCCUGGAUGGUUAUGGAUGUGGGUUUGACUCCAAAAAUAAUGAGUACAGGCCCUUCUUUGUUCUCAGCGACAAGUAUUUGUAUAAAAUGGAGAUUGAGAUCUACAGCUACAAAAAGAAAAUUUGGAAAAUCAUAAAAUCUUCUGCGAUUAUUUCACAUUGGGCUUCUUUUACUUGCAGUGACAUGGUAUACGCCAAUGGAUUUUGUCACUGGCCAGGGUUUAACCGCCUUGUUGGCCAUAAUGGCAGGGAUGUGAUUGUUUCGUUUGACGUCACUGAUGAGUGACUCCCUUGCUCUGGUCGGUAAUAAACAUGGAAAUCCGUUUACUUAUGAUGGAACAACAAGUUGUUUUGAUAUAUGGGUAUUAGGUCAAUACGGUAAUAAGGAUUCAUGGACUAAGCUAUUCACUAUUGGGCCCUUGCACGGCAUUCAACAUAUCAUUGGAUUUUGGAACGAAACCAAGAUAUUUUUGGCUGAACAUGACUCGUUACAUGGUCGAGAUGCUAAGCUGUUUCUCUAUGACACAGUUACCCAACAAGCAUUGGAUUGUCUUCAAAACAUUACGACAAGCACAAAGAUGUGUACCUGCAGACUGAGCUUAUUACCCAUUGCUGCCGAUGGAUCAAAGAAAACAACAAUAAAAAAGCGAGUUCAAGUUUUGGCCAUUGAGAUUAGGAACCGAAAGAAAUAGAUGAAGCCUAAGACAAGUGACGGCAUUUGCAAUUAUUUUAUUGUGGUGAAUUAUAAGAAGGUUCUUUUGACAGAUUAUUAACUCAUGCAGCUACUAACACAAAAGAAUAUGUGCCACUCUUGCUCCCUUCCACUCCUCCCUUCCCCACCGUUACCCAAUCUUUGCCAUUUAUUCCAUACUCAUGUAUAUUUCAGCGAGCUCCUGUUAAAUUAAAAUAACAUUGUCUUUUGGAAUAUAGUUGUUUAUUUAUAUCAUCUUUAACCCUCAGUAUUGUUUACACGGUCAUUCUUAUUGUCGAUAGCACAUAAGACCAUCAUGAAUGUCUGGUUGUAUGUAGUGUUGUAAUCUUCGAUGGUUACUUUUCAUAGCCCUUUAUGAAUUUUCAUCUAUAAUGUGGAUUUAAAAAAAAAAAAAAAACGAGUAUGGAGGUUGUACAAUAUUAA